UUCCGUUUGUAAGGCGUCAUGCAAAGCGAUUGAAAUCAGAACUUACUCCUAAGAAUCAGUUAGAAGAUGCAUUUUCAGACUUAGGAAAAUUUCUCAAGCUUUGUCCAUUUUGAAAUUAAUGCCUAAGUAUAAAUUCGCAAUCGAAAAGCUUCAUAAAUACUUAUGUUUAAAUCAAUCAAGCUUUCGGCUAACAAUAUCAUGCUAUUCUUUCAAUUCGAUUUUUGAAUUGAUCCUGGUAUGCUGGUAUAUCCUUUAUCUAACCCGCUUUACUUCCUUUUUAUUGCCUCGUAAUCUGCGUUCGGCUGUGCAGGAUAAAUGCCUAAAUCGGCGGUAGAAUCAUCAAAGACGCUUGCUACAGCCGAGACAUCAUGAGCAUCCAAAUCAGAUAUCCCUCGCAGAGUCGAAAGGAUGAAAUACCAGUAUCAAAGAGGGGGACUGAAGGAGUCAAAAGUUUAGAGUGUCUGGGACAAUGUCGGUGAUACUGACGUAGGCCAUAUCGAUAUCCAAGAUUUCAGAAGCCGAGUCUUCUUCCCUGAUGCCUAUGGCAGAUGAUGGAAAGUGGCAUCGCCCAAGCAACGGGAUUUCCCCCAGCAGUGCAAAACUAUGUGUUAGUAAUGGAGGCCACCCGACAUUACCAACCAGGUUCCAGAUUGGUGCUCCUCGAGGACAUGGUCAUCGCUAACUUCACUCCUGAGGCCAUUGGGGACGCAUUUGAUAUUCCCUUCCCAAACAAUCCCACAACCACGACUAUAGAUGAAGCGUAGGGGGCGUAUGAUAUGAAUCCUACCAGAUGCAGAACACUGAUCAAUGAAGAGUGGUACAGGGAGAGAAGACCUCCAAGCGUCAUAAUUGGGAAAAAGACCCCAAGAAGUGACUUUCAAAAUGAGCAUGGGGACAUGGUCACAUUGCUCAGCAGGGUUAUGGGACUCCCCAAAUCCAUCUACUUUGAAGAAUGGAUGUUUUACUUCACAAAACAGGUCUUCGCUGGGAAAUCCAAGUUUGACUUGGCCCAGAUCAUAAGCAACAAUAUCCACACCCAGCUGAUCGAACUUGAGGCAAAGAAGUACUUCACUAUGACAUCCUAUUUAGUCUACAUGUUCGCUAGGAACCAACCGCUGCCAGGUUUGAUAAUGAAAGGUCAAAUCGGGAAUGGACCUGAUCAAGUAAAAGUAUACGAUUGUUACCCACAGCUACACUAUCAGGAUAUAGCUUAGAGGGAAAAGAAUAGCCCGGCCUAUGCAGCUGGCCAGUAUAAGCACGUCAAUGACACCUUCACAAUGCGCUUGGUCAGGCUUAUGCAGGGAGGAUUACACAUAAGGCUCUCGGAGCAAGCUACUAUUCUAGUACAGAGAUACGGAGCUUGGUUCAUCCAGUUCCCAAGGUUCUCCUACAUCUGGAUAGCUGGCUUCGAUGGUGCCCCUCUCCAACUUCCACGAUACCCAACCGACAAGAUAGUUCUCAUGGAGGUCGCAAGGCAGUCACGUUCGGCCGGUAGCUUACUUAGAGAUAGCAAGCAGGAUGGAUUCACAUUCCCCAUGAUUAUAGGCAACCAGGAUGUCCAUCUAAAGACCCCAUCCCAGGCGGAGGAAUCCUUUGCAGAGCUGGCCUCCUAUGGCCUACAGGAGCAUUUUCCAAGGAAAUGCUUCGAUCACGACAAUCUGGCAAAGAGAGCCUAUGGCAGGCAGUACAAAGCAAAGGAGUCAGUUGAAGAUUAUUGGAAAAACUGCUCUGAUGACUAUGAGGUCCGAAGGCGUGAAUAUUCAAGGCUGAGUGUGCAGCAAAUGCCACUCUAUGAAUAUCGCCGGGUCCGAGAUCAACUCGUAGAUUCAGGAAAUUGCUUGCAAGUCUGGGAAUUUGAGGCAGUAAGGCAUCUUUUGCUAGGCGUUGAUUGGUCGCAGGACCCGAUCAUUGAUUUUGAGGCAAUCAUGGCAGCCCGAGGAAGAUAUACUGGGUUGCAUCAGCAGAUUGAGCGACUAAUUCAUGAAGGAGUCCAGUUCACUUACCACUUAAUGGGUAACCUGGAUUCUCAGUCCUUCGGAGAUGAGGGAACUUCCAAUGCACCUAAGGAAGAGAUUGAAAAGCCAGAGAAAAGGAAGAAGGCCAAGGCCAGUAGAGGAACUUGGACAUCCAAAAGAACAAGAAGGGAAAAGAUUCCCAUUAGGAGACCAGAGGUCACUUCGUCAUCAAAGGACCCUAGUUCGUCCGAUGAUGUAGUAGAAUUGGAUUAUAUACCUGCUCCUCCUUCCCAGAGUGACAUCGAUGCAUUUGGAGCUGAUGAUCCUCCCGCACCCGACAUGCUGGACGUCGAGCUAAGAGUAAUUGGAUCAGCUGAACCACAUAACCAAAUUGAGGAAGGAGAGAUUCCAUCCAAUCAGGGGAUCGAAGUACAUGAAUCCACCCAACAGAGCCGCCAUGAAUUGCUGCUCCAUAACACUACCAAGGGUGACUCCACUGUUGAAGGAGAGCAAAAGACAGAUAAUACCUGUGGGCCUGAAAAGACUAAAGCGCAACCGUCACACAAAGGCACCGGGCAAUUGUUCAGUGAAGUGGGGGAAAACUCGGCUACAAGCAAAGAACUUGGCACCUCCUCUACUCCUCCUAUAGCGGAACAGCUGCAAAUUUGUGAUGAGAUGGCUGAAAACGUCAAAGAAUAGAGUGCAAACUUAACCAUAGCAUCAACCUAGACUGUACCUCAAGAAUGGUUAAUUGCCCAAGCCCAGCGCAAGGCCGCCACAAAGCCACCCAUCGAUUUGGAGGACAUCUUCUCACGUAUAGAUCAAGCUAAAGCCAAUGGGAAGAAAAAGCCCAAGGCAUAUUCCAGAAUAACCAAAGAUGAGCAAAGGAACCGUAUUCUUCACAUCGCCACCUCGCAUAUAGACAAGCCAGCAGAUCAAAUCACACUGGCAGAUUAUAGCAUCACAACCGUCCCCAUCGGACGAGCCACUAAGGAACAGGAAAAGGAGGAAUUCAAGGAUUCAAUACAGAACAUACUCAAGCAACUUGAAGAAAUAACAGAUGAAAGGGACAUGUAUCGAGCUUGUGCUGAGCAGGCCGAGGAAUACAUCGAUCAACUCCUGAGACCAUUACACAAUGCUUCUGAAUCCCACAUUCCCCCGACGACAUUGGCACAGAGGACCACAUCGGAGUUUGAAGGAGUACGGGAUACUGCAAGGGCCACCAGAGAAUGGAUACAAGGCAUCAAAGGGAGGGGAGAACGAAUCCUUGAAGAAGUAAAAGAGAUGGCCCACAUCGAGAGACCACCCUGGUCAGGCUAUUAGAGGUAAAGAGGGAAUCCCUUAGAAUGCAUGAAGUGGCUGCCACCACUCUUCCCCUCGUAAGAUCUCUCUUUUGGACCUAGGCACAGAUCCCCACACUCUCCGACAUCCUGCACCCCCAUGAUAUCAGCAUUUUCAAAGAAUGGUACUGGACUAUCACCAUGAAGAAUGACACAAGAGAAAUCAUUGAUAAAGAACACGAUGCAUGCGAGACAAUUUUGAAAACCAUGCAAGAACUCGGCAAGACGAUCCUCUGAUCAAUGGUCUCGGGAUGGCAAAAUGACCUGUCCGAUGAAGUGAUACAGCCGGACUGGGAGGAAAGACUAGGGACGGAUAGGAUUACCUAUUCCGCUAGGGACCUGAGUUUUGCUGGUCAAUUCCAUUCAGACAUGUUGUGCUUCGAGUGUAAUUGUUCCAGUUGGAAGGAUGGUUUGAAGCACGUAGAUCAAUACCUUGAAGGCAUGCAGUAUAAAAUUCGUCAUCCUUCUAUGCCUCCAUUCAGUUUUCUAUUCCAAUUGUGCCUCAGGUUCCAGGAAUAUGUUCGUGAGGAACGUAUAGCAGGUCGGGACCUUUGGCAAGAAUAUUUGCACGGCGAGGAUGAAUUCCUGGAAAAGGGAUGUGAAGCUGAAAAGAAAAAAGUGCUCUCCUAAAGUGCUUUUUUCCUUUUGAUUUUGAAAAGCGCACUUUUUGGCCAAAGGGACAUAUUUGACUUCCAAGUCAACUAAAUGUAAAACUUUAUGUGUGCCUUUUUGGAUUAUUUUGGAUAAGUUUUAAUUACCUUUUGGGUAGUUAUUGCUCCCUUUGGGGUAGUUGCUGAUAUUUACCCUUCAUUUAUGGGUAUGGGUACUCUUUUGUAAGGAUGAAUCUGGGCCUUUUGUUUAGAUUAGAUCUUGGCCAUUCAUCCAUUUUUGAAGCCAAUAAAAGGGACUGGUUUUCCCUCAUUUUUGUAAGAAGUUCAUGGAUUGUUGCUGAAGCUCUGGCGAAAUUUACAAGAUUUAAUGCAAAGUUAAGACUGUUUCAAGUUUCCCUGUGAGUGCAUGGUCUCCUUCUUCACUAAUUUAGAAUUUUCAGUUAUGUUUCUUUCCUUUAUAUAGCAUUUUCUAAGUAAACAUCCGAUAGAGUCCUUGCUGUUCAUAGAGUUAGGGAAUGGCUGAUUGUCUUUCCUUCUGCAUGGUUAAUCUGAACCUUUCAUAUGCUUAGUUCGGUUUUUGAAUGCUCACUGAAUGAAUGUCAAAGUUCUUAUGUUGUAUUUAAUAGCAUGAAAAUUCAAUUUUCCCUUGAAGAUCGCACUAGAUUGAUGCAAGUAUUGUGCUUAAAUACCUGGUAAUGCUUAAUCUAGUUAUUUGGAGGUGUCUGUCUGUUUAUUGAAUCUGCUAUCUUAGUUAAACUUUAUAUUAUCUGUACCUCUCUCUCUCUAUCCCUCUUUUUCCUUUCUUUCUUUUUUACCAAGAGAAUCUGCAGUCUUGCUGAAAAUAGUAUCAACCCAACUUAAACCAUUCGAUAAGCAGGACUAUUAAAGUUCUAGGGAACUCAUCCAACAAUUAUUCAUAUCAUCGUAAGUCCCCUUGUGUUUCUAGCAAAAACACAUCAAACCACUGGGUAAUCCCGUAGUCAAGACCUGACAAACGAAACCUUGAGGUUGUCCCCUUUGAUCAAACGUGAGAAACAACAUUAGGGAUUUCCUUAUCUCAAGAGAGGGUAGGAUACUCAGCGAGUUCAUUCUAUUCUGUGUUGGCCGUAUGGAGUUUGCAGCAAUGCGACUUUAGACACGUCAACACAGUGUAUUUGUAUCGUUUAUAAUCAGAGACAAAAACCCAUUGGUGCAGCAACAAUGUAUAUACAGUGGGGUUUUGUAUUUUAGUUUCUGCAUUUUAAGGUAAGGCUCUAAAUUGCUUCCCAUAUUUGAUAUUUUAUUAUUUAAUUUAUUUUCCAUUUUUUAAUUUUUUCAAAAUUUCAAUUUGUCAUUUGAAGAAUGAAAUGAGAGAUGUCUGAUUUAUUUUUUAUUUUCUGUAUUUUAUCAGUGUAAACUUUCAUUCAAACUCAAAAAAAACGAGCAGCAGUGGGGGUGAUACUAGUAGUGAGAAUGAAUUGGAAGUGCUGAGAGAAUUAGUGGGCAGCAACCUAAUAUAUUUAAUUGUUUUUCAAAAAUUAUGGAAACAUAUGCAAAGGGCCCUUUUAAUAGAAAAAACCUCUUCUCCAAUACGUUACACCUAGGGGUAAAAGGAAAAACAAUUCGGGAGGGUGUAGGGUGUGGGAUUGUCAUGUUUGUUUGACAGAUUUUAGGGGCAGCUACACAAGGGUAAAAUCUCAUGUUUUGGGUGUUCUAGGCCGUUGGGUCAAAGCUUGUCCAAAAUUAAAAGAUGAGGAGACUAUAGAGUGUCAUAGAUUGCAUAUGGAGGCAGAAAUGGCGAAACAAGGUGUGGCAAUACCAACACCUUUUGCAUGUUCACAAAUAUCUGGACCUAUGACAUUCACUAUUGGUAGUAGUAGUCAAGUUGAGACAAGAGGAAAGAGGAAGAUGGGUAGUCAAAAGGGAGGGUCAGUAGAAGCUUUGUUUAAUGCAUAAGGACGUGAAGCUAUAGAGACAUCCAUUGCUAGAUUCUUUUUUGCUAAUGCCAUCCUAUUUCAUGUGGCACGUUCCUCUUACUUCAAACAAAUGGUCAAAGAUCACUAUCCGUCCCACAUUCACACCCCCUGGAGAUCAUAAGCUAUGGACUACUCUUCGAGACAAAGAGUAUUCCAAGGUUAAUGUGCUAAUGGAGGAUAUGAAGCGAACUUAGAUGAGGUUUGGUUGCUCUAUUGUGAUGGAUGGGUGGAUUAAUGUUAGACUUCGGCCACUCAUCGAUAUCAUUGUCACAUACCUUGUUAGUUCUUAUUUUUUGAAAGCCGUGGAUUGUUCAAGGAAGCGUAAGGAUGCAGAGUUCUAGUUUAGCAUUUUGAGAGAUGCCAUAGAGGAGGUUGGGGCUACUAAUGUUGUACAGGCGAUCACUGACUCGGCACGUGUGUGCAAAUCAACAGGUUUUAUGGUGGAGGGUGCUUAUAGGCACAUCUUUUGGACCCCAUGUUGUGUUCAUGCAUUGAACAAUGCAUUGAAAGACAUAAGAAAAAUAGAUUGGGUGAAGCAAGUGGUGGCAAGAGCUAGAGACAUUCAAACGUUCAUUUGCAAGCACCACACCUCACUUGCUCUCUUUAGAUCAUUUUCAAAGCAGUUCCUCAAACGCAUUGAAACAAGGUAUGCCACUUAAUUUUGUAUCAAACUUCCAAAUUUUUAUUUUAAUGAACAUUGAAUAUAGGUAUGCCACUUAAUUUUUUUUAUUAUUUUAAUGAAUGUAGGUAUGCGACUUCCAUCUUGUUGGAGAGGAUGCUUGAGGUGCAUGAUUGUCUACAGUUGAUGGUGGUGAAUCUUGAGUGGGCUAGAUGGCGGGAAUCAAACUCUACUAAAGGAAAAUCUCCGAAAUAAAAGAUCCUUGAUGACAAUUGGUGGUCCACUAUGAGAUAUGUUUGCUCUAUCAUCUCACCUAUUGUAAAUGUCAUCAGAUAUGCCGAUACAAACCCUCCUAGUCUUGGAGAGAUACAUGAGACAUUUGAUAGUAUGCUUGGGAAGAUUAAGCAAACAAUUUUGGCUAAGGAUCCUACUUUGGGGUUCUACGAGCAACAUAUUAGGCCCAUUGUGACAUAGAGGUGGAACAUAAUGAACAUGCCGCUUUAUAUGACAGCCUAUGCAGUGAAUCGCAAAUGGUAUGCACCAAGGGAUGGAAGGGUGCCGCCAUGUGAUGAUGAUGGGGUUUUAGAUGGGUUCACGCAGGACAUUGAUAAGAUAUAUGCAGAGGCUUCCAUACUUCGUGCACAAUUUGUUGACUUCACAAAUCUUCGUGGCCCUACAUUCAGUAAACCACAUGCAAGGUUGGACAUAGCUAUAUUAGCCCAAAGAGACCUUAUUGGAUGGUGGACAUGGCAUGGGAGGGAUACACCACAAUUGAAGUUGCUUACCACUUGCCUACUUUCAUAGGUUGCUAGUUCCUGUGUUGCAGAGAGGAAUUGGUCCACAUAUGGCUUUAUCCACUUUAUCAAGAGGAAUAGACUUACCUCUAUUCGAGUAGAGAAGCUAGUAGCUGUGCAUAGUGCUCUUCGAGUUCAGGAUUGUCAGACUCCAAAGUAUCGACAGACUCCAGCUUUAUGAUGGGAUGUUGAUCCCAAAGAUGUGGCCCAGGUUGAUGAGGAGGAGACACGAGAGGGAUUGGUUGGGAUUCUGUUGGAUAAGCUGGACGUGGACCAUGACUGUGGCAGAGACUCAGAGGACUCUGAUUUUGAUGCAAUGUUAGGAGAUGCACAUUAGGGGCAACAUUAUAUUUUGUUUUUUUGUAUUUUGAUAUCAUAAUUGACAAUGAAACUAUA